CUAUGGCGGGUGGCAGUCCAGCAGCCAAGAGGGUAGUGGUGUACCGGAAUGGGGACCCAUUCUUCCCAGGCUCCCAGCUGGUGGUGACUCAACGCCGCUUCCCCACCAUGGAGGCCUUCCUCUGCGAGGUGACAUCAGCUGUGCAGGCCCCACUGGCUGUGCGUGCCCUCUACACACCUUGUCAUGGCCACCCUGUCACCAGCCUGGCAGACUUGAAGAACAGAGGGCAGUAUGUGGCCGCUGGAUUUGAACGAUUCCACAAGCUCCACUAUUUACCCCAUGGAGGGAAGGACCCAGGUGGGAAGAGCUGCAGAUUACAAGGUCCUCCCGUGACUCGCCACUUGUGUGAUGGGGUCAUUGGACGGCAGCUGCCUGCAGGUGCUCCCAGCUAUAUCCAUGUGUUCAGGAAUGGGGACCUGGUAAGUCCCCCAUUUAGUCUGAAGCUGUCCCAGGCUGCCAGCCAGGACUGGGAAACUGUGUUGAAGCUCCUGACUGAGAAGGUCAAGUUGCAGAGUGGGGCUGUGUACAAACUCUGCACCCUAGAGGGACUCCCACUGUCAGCAGGGGAGGAGCUGGUAACUGGCCAUUACUAUGUGGCUGUCGGAGAGGAUGAGUUCAAGGACCUUCCCUAUCUGGAGCUGCUGGUGCCCAGCCCCUCCCUGCCCAGGGGCUGCUGGCAUCCUCCAGGCUCGAAGUCUAGACCCCACAGGCAGGGGGCCCAAGGCCACAGGGCCCAGGUAACCCAGCCCUCUCCAAAGGAACCAGACCGAAUUAAGCCAUCUGCUUUCUAUGCCAGACCCCAGCAGACCAUUCAGCCAAGAAGCAAGCUCCCCACACUCUCAUUCCCAUCAGGAGUUAUAGGAGUACACGGAGCUCCCCACCCAAGGAAGGAGACAGCGGGGGCCCUGGAAGUAGCAGAUGAUGAAGACACCCAGACAGAGGAGCCCUUGGAUCAGAGGGCAGCACAGAUAGUGGAAGAGGCCUUGUCCCUGGAAAACCAGCCUGGGGCUGGGGCUGCUAUCUCAGCCUCAGCCCCAGCUCUGCCAUCUUGAGAGCCAGCAGCUCCAGAGGGCAACUGGGGACCACUACUCUGGCCACCUUUUGUCCUCAGCCUCCAGCAGCUUGUUCCUCAGGAGCCAGCACCUCCGCUGGGCUCACAGGGUACACUGCGGCCUCCUCAGCCCUUCCUGUUCUCCUGCUCCUAAACCCACAGCCCAGCCUUCCCUUCCUCUGAGCAGAGCAGCCCUGGCUGUGGGGGCUAUUUCCUUAUGGGAUUCUCUGGCCAGAGAAAGAAGUAGCUGACUGAGCCUGGGAGACAGGCCACAAACGGGGGAGCGAGUUUGUCACAAUAAAAGAAUACUUACUAAU